GUGUUUGUGGCUGUUUUCCUGUUUUCUUUUCCACUGAAUAUUUAUGACUCGAUCAUUAUUUUUUUCUCUUUUCCAUCACCUCUGAUGAAGCACCCAGCAAGAAAACCACCCCUCAUCACCUCAAUCACGACACACCUUCAAGCCUCUCGAACAUUUCGCUGUUUUCUUCUCUCAUCCGUCGCCGUCGUCGCCGUCGUGACGCUCCUACAGAUUUUUGCACCAUCAUUGAUCUUUCCUCGUCUAUUAGACGUCAAUGUGUGGCUGCUGGGAAGGAGGAAUUACACAAAUCGCGCAACCUUACGUCUGCAUGCCACUCGGGCACCGCCCACUGGCACUUUGUUUGUCAGGAAGAGUGAGGUUGAUGGUUCUGUUGCUGCUGCUGCGUCUGGAGGUGUUGGUAGAAAGGCGGUGGAGGUGGUUGGUGGUGGAGAAAAGGAUGGUGGACGGAGUGUGACGUCACAUAUUUUGUGUUCUGAUGUGGUGAUGAGUUUGGUUGAGAGAAUCGACGUCGAUGAGGAGUUUAAUCCUAAUAUGCAAGAACUAGGGAAGAACAUGACGGCACUGCAGGAUGGAGGAUAUUACAAACCAGCAAACUGCACGUCAACAAGCAAAGUUGCCAUACUGAUUCCAUUCAGAGACAGAGAGCAACAUUUGCACGUGUUUCUCUACUACAUGCACCCCAUGUUGCAGCAUCAGCACGCAGAGUAUUGCAUUUAUGUUAUUGAGCAGGUUGGUACCAGUCUCUUUAAUCGAGGAAUGCUGUUCAACGUCGGAGUGAAGGAAGCGUUAAAGGACAGAGAUUAUGACUGCUUUGCUCUUCAUGAUGUGGAUCUCAUACCAGAAAACCAGAAAAAUUUCUAUCGGUGUUCAGAGAAGGCGAAGCACAUGUCAGCUCUUAUUUAUCGCAGCUAUCGUAAAUAUUCAUGGCGUCCAUACUACUCAAACUUUGGAGGAGUCGCUCUCGUCAAGCGAGAACACUAUGAAAAGAUAAACGGCUUUUCCAAUGUUUUCUGGGGUUGGGGAGGAGAAGACGACGACAUAAGCAUGAGACUAAUGAAGUCUCACAUACCAAGAGAAAGAGUGAACGAAACAUUAGGAGCAUACACCAUGUUGAUGAAACAUCAUACAAGAGCUCCAGGAAAUAAGGACGCGAUGAAGCUUGUUCGGUCUGGUCCGUCGCGUUAUCAACAAGAUGGUCUGAGUUCUACAAGAUACAACGUAGUCAACAGAUUAAGAGACAGACUGUACACAAGGAUCAAAGUUGAGCUUCUUCGAGCUGAAGCUUGACUUUUAUAUUUUUCAGUUUUAUGUUUCAUGGUGAUCAGAUAUGCAAUCAGCAUGUAUGUACAUUUUAUUGUGAAUGCCUGGUUUUGUGGAUUAAAGUUAAUGUUUUGAAUUAAUUGAGUUAUUUGUAAACAUA